AACGACCCCGCCACCUGCUCCCCAGCAACUACUUCCAUCUCUGCCAUUGCAUUGCACCGAAAAAUCAAACCCUGCGAAAAACGGCGGAGUGUGAGUUGAAUAUCCACAUCCACACGUAGUCGGUAGCACUGUCCACCGGGCCACUGCUUGUCGCACCGCCACUGCCCGUUCUACCGUACCUAGUGCCCAAAAGCCAGUCGCCUGAGACCCUCUCUCCUUCCAGAACGAACCCCGUUUAUCAUUGAUUUGCUCGACCGCACACCCACACCCACACCUCACCCACACCACACCGCAGCACACAUCCGCAAACAAGAAUCUAAGAGCCCAAAAUCACCGCGCUUCCACCGACCGUCCUACCUCGACAUCACAUCCAAUCCCCCAUCCGCCGAACCUCGAGCAACAAGUUCCCUUCCCAUCGCCCCGUAGACCUGCCUUUUCUGCACCGCUCCACACCUUGUCACCUCGCCCGCAAUUCACCUGCCAACACAGCCGACUCCUGAUCAGUCUCGGGUGCUGGGAUAACCUCCUCCGGUGAGGACCGCCAUCAAUCACUGCGCUGCCAUCAAUCGAGCGCUUGGUUUCACAUUCGAUAACUCUCGAGCCUCUAUAUUCUAACCAAACAAGCGUCAACCAAAUACUCCUCUGCGGACGUCUGGUCGACAUCAUUCGGCCACGCCUGCCACAAUCUCCAUAGCCAGGAGCGCCCAACGACCCUUUCAUGGUUGCUGCUUAAUUUAACCACGAUGGCUCAAAGAUACUCUUACACCGAGGAGCACCUCCUCUUCUUGCGCCAAUCUCCGCUAUGUGUCAAGCCACCGGGCCUUCCACCCGCUGAAGAGUGGAUGGGUCCACCUCCCGAAACAUUCCGCAAUCAGCCCGGAAAGGUCAACGAUGCUCGCAAAGGCGGCGACAGUCUGUUGCUGGGUCAGGAAAACCGGCGUCCGACGUUGGAUCGCAAUGCUAGCCGAACUUCAGGAUUUGCUGAUGACUUGAUUCUCGGCCCCCCGCGCAAUGCCUUCGCAUCUGCAACCGCAAUCCGCGGCGCCCGGAGCGGCGAUGCGGAUAAAGGAUCGAAGGAUCUAGACAGACCGGACCGAACCGAUCGCUUCAACUUCCGUAAUCGUACCAACGACGCGGACUCAACCGGUGACCGACUCGGUCGGGAUAAUCAUAAUCGAGACGGCAAAGAUGGCCGGAACAACAAUGGUUUCCGGCGACGUGGAGACCAGGACCAGGAUACCGAGGGCUGGAGUACCGUGAAGCCUCGCAAGAGCUUCGGCGCCGAAGGAGCCGAACGCUUUCAGGGACGUAUGGGUGGCGCUGGUACCGACCGCUUCCCAGCUCGCGACGACCGCCGGACUAGGGACCGUGAAGACCAGGAUGGGGGAAACCGCCGUACCUUCCGCCCACGUGAUCAAGAAGACGAGGACCCCGAAACACCACGGAGGAAUGGACUUACCAGAGGCAAGACCGACCUAUGGUUCAGCAAGGACAGCGGGACCGCCACUGCCACCGAGGCCUCGACAGGACAGAAGCAUAUCGAAAGAAAGAGCUGGAGAGACCGUGCCCCUCCAGAGGAAAGGCCUGCGGAAAGACACAAUGACCGCCAGGACAGAAACUUUGAAAGGCGCUGGGAUCGCCAACAGAAGGUUGAGAACGACCCGGAGUGGAUGGCCGAGCCUGCGGAAGAACCUUCUCAGGGCCGCACCGCGGACGAUUUCCGCAAGUUCAUGGAAGCUAUGAAGAGCGGACCCAAGUCGGAUGAGAAGCCCGCUUCGAUAGCUCUUGACAAGCCUUCAACUGACUCCUUUUUCGAACUGGAGCCCAAGGUGCUCUCAGCACCCGCCGUUGAGAAUAGACCCGAUAAGUUUUUUGAGGCUUUUGGAGGUACAGGCCUUGAUGCAGGCGCGCCCGCUGCCGAAGCCAAGGACGCGGCCAGGCCCAAGGGAGCGAAGCCAUCACGGUUCUUGUCAUUCCUGGCGCAGCAGGAGAAUGGCCAGCCCAAAGCUGAACCACCCACUCCGGCACCAACCGCAUCUGCUGGCGAUGGGAAACCGCCAUCGGGCGAGGCCGACAAGCUUGCUUUCCAGCAGCUUAUAGAGAAGCUCCAUAGCAGUCGUCUGGGAGGCUCAGGCAGCCCUACCCCAAAUGGACCUCCACCCCCUGGCCCUCCCCGAGAUGCCCCUGGAGGACUGUACAAUUUGAUGCCACAGAAGAGCAAUGUGGCAUCUCCAGAACCAUUUCAACAGUACGGAAAUGACAGGCGUGAUGAUCCCCGCUUCCGUCCUCCACCACAGCUGUCUCCCUAUGAGAUGAUGACAUCUCGCAUGGGUCUGCCGGGUCCAUCUCAUUCCCCGCCAGUCAGUCGGCCGGAGCAUGCCUUACAGGAACUCCUUUCUCAGCGCCAGAGUCAGUCCAAUCCUCGCGGGCCUCAAACACCUGGCGUGGUCAAUGAAAAUACGGAAUUCUUGAUGCACCUGAUGCAGGGCCACCGGCGCGCUGAACCAAUGAGGCCUGAGCAACGACAGCCAGAUCAGCAUUUGCCCGAACAGCUCCUCGCCCGUAUGCAACAACAGCAGCAAUCCAGCAAGCAGGGGCCUCUUCCCGGAAUGCCAGACCGUGAACACCUUGAAUACCAGCGUGAGAGAAGCGCGUCCCAACGUCAGCAGCAACUUCGUGGACAGCCGGGACCACAAGGCUUCAUGGAUGAGAGUCAAUUCCCCCCCGGAGAUUUGAAUACCCGCCCUCCGCAACAGCCGACACAGAUCCUGCAGCGGCCGAUGCCUCCUCCUGGCUUGGAUCACCAAAUGCAUCCUUUCCAUAUGGGUGGCCCCUCGGGUGGUGCGGGCCCGGCGCCUCAGAUGCAGCCACAACGGCCAAUGAUCCCACCUCCCGGGCUGCUCAACAGCGGUCCUCGGAAUGCCAAUGUCGGGCCCAUGCCCGGAAUGCAGUUCCCACCAAACUUCCCGCCCCCACAUGGACCCCCAGGUCCCAGCAACUUCCCAUCUGUACCGCUACCUCCACACAUUGGCGGCCCCCCUCCUGGACCCCCUGAGGGCAUGGCAGGACCUCCGAGGCAGAUGCAACCGCCUCCGGGCUUCUUUGGCGGACCCCCGCCCCCGGGCUUCAUGGGACCUCCCGGUAUGGGAUUCCCAGGCGGUCCCGGCGCGCCGGGCGGACCGGGCGGACCAGGCCCUGAUGGUCUCGGGCCAAGUGUAAUGGGCUAUGGCGGGCUUCCCAGUCCCUUUGAUAGGAUGGAGCGGAUGGACAGAAGGGGCAUGAUGCCUCCUCCGGGAAACUUCCGCGGCUAGAGGAAUGACCGUGAAGGAAAUCCGGACCAGCGCGUGCAAAUGGCCUUGGAGCAUAUUAUGCAGGUGCGGGAACACGGGGAACGAGUUCGUGAAGAGCACAGAAGGGAACAUGGGCGGCCUCAUCUUUAGCAAGCCUUCCGAGGCUCUAAAACAACGGAGGUUAGCCUGAAGAAAGCAGAGACAGUUGGGGGCGUUAGAUGACAAUGUCACGAAUUGGAAGGAGGUGAGGCGUAUCUUGACCGCCCACGUCUACAAGCGUGCUGCCUACCUCGACGAACAGCUGGCGACUGUUAUAAGAUGGGUUAUCUUUUAAUUGUGUACGGGCAUUGCCUACUCCCAAGAAAAGCGGGCAAUUUUGGAACAGCAGACGGUGGUGGUGGCAUAGUUCUUAAGAAAAAGGUUUUGUCGAUAAUGGCAUAACAUCAGGGGUAGGGACGGAAGGAGUGUCUGGUGGUGAUUUUACCUAGGCAAGGAAUGAGAUGAUAGGAGUAUGGGACAGAGGUUGGUGAACGAUUAACCACUGAUCUGUCGUGAUUUUUGGGCCUCUUUUCUUUCUUUGUGAAGUCUAGUACUAUUACGUUUUCUGUUUGGUGUGGAUGUUGUCUGAACGGUGUGCUGUGUGGUUUAGCAGUAUGUAGUAGUUGUUUGAUUGGUAUCUCCUACUUUGAGAUAGCGCGAGGCUAAGGGAAGCGAGGGGGGGUUGAAAGUGUAGGGCUAUGUUUUCUGUGAGGGGGUUUAAAAGGUGAAGGGCGAGCAAGGAGGAGCGUUGAAAUGAUGAACUAGCAGCGUUGCUGUUGUGACUUGUGUUGCUGAGGGGGGAAUCAAGCGAGUAAUGAAGAUGAAAAAGAAUUUACAGUGAGCCGGGGAACAUUGUGAAAUCUUUGUGGCAUAGUGAUAUGGAACCUGUGUUGUUGCUUUUUCCAAGAUGGCACUUUUAUAAAGAAGACUACAAAAUGAAGCGAG